AUGGAAAGGAACAGCAGCUCUCAUGAACGAUGCCACUUCUGGAUAUAUGACGAUAUCACGCCGUGCGGGCGAGUUUGGUAUGUGGGAUUCUACCUGCCGUUAAUAGUGCUCGUGGGGUUCGUGGCAUUUACCGGCUAUAAAGUGGUGCAACAUGCGACGCAGCACAGCCGCAAGCAGGAUUACGCGAAGGACCUAGUGGUAGAGUCGGAUGACGAAAACAAACCGCUACUUUCUGGCCACUCAGGCGCCGUGUACACGGAGACGGGCGAUGAAGGUACCCGUACAACGCGAUCUGGAACGUCCCUCAAAGAGGACCACUUCUCGAUAGAGAGAAUACGGCUGAUCGACGCGCAAGGAAUGCCACACGGGGUUGUGGAGGUCGUGAAGCGUGGGUUCGUCGAAAAGACGCGCGUGGUGCUCGAAUUUCUAGCCGUACUAGCGCAACUUGCCAUCCACGUUUUCGUGGUGGUCAAGCUUGCCGGCAGCAAUAGUGAGUUCCCAGUAAAAGCUUCCGUAGUAGCGACGCUGCUGUGGGUCUGGCUUUUGGCUGUGGUCUCCAUGAGGCUCGCCAACAUCAACCAGCAAAUUCAAUGGAUCCAAAAAUACCCGGGAAAUCUAUGGACCGGAUCAUUUGUUUCCUACAUGGUGCUUUUCACUGCGCAGAUCUUCCCAUUCAGAUCUUAUUACAUUGGCCACAUCACAGACCCCAUAGUGCAAAAAUACACUUUGUCCCAAUUUUACCUGAACCUUUUCUUGUUCAUGCUGUUAUUCACCGCGAAUAUCGGUAACAACUACAGCUACCUGUACAAGACUGACUCCCAAAUCACGCCAUCUCCCGAACCAGUCACCUCCAUUAUGAGCUUCAUUUCUUGGUCGUGGAUAAAUAAAUUUGUUUGGCAAGCGCACAAAGAGUCUGUUAAAAUAACCGACAUCUGGGGACUUAUGUUAGAAGAUUACUCACUGUUUGUCCUAAAAAAAUUCAAAGCUUCCAUCAAAAAUGAAUCGAAUACUUUUACCUACAAUUUGAUCUGGUUUUUUUCCAAGUACUUGGCGCUGCAAGGAUUUUGGGCCUGUUUGGAAAGUGUGAUCAAUUUUAUUCCAACAUUGUUGCUCAAACGUAUCCUAGAAUACGUUGACGAUCAAUCUACUGCCCCUAGAAAUCUUGCCUGGUUCUACGUUUGUGCCAUGUUCACCUGUAGAAUUCUCGUUGCAAUUUGUCAAUCACAAGCUCUUUUCUUUGGGAGAAGAGUUUGUAUUAGAAUGAAGGCCAUUAUCAUAUCCGAGAUCUAUACGAAAGCGUUGAGGAGAAAGAUAUCUUCAAAUUCUUCUAAAACGUCCACAGAUGAGAUCGAUCCACAAGCUUUAAACGCAAAAGAGCAAGUGGAUGGAGAUGAAGAAUCCACCACUGCCAACUUGGGGGCUAUUAUCAAUUUGAUGGCUGUUGAUGCAUUCAAAGUCUCAGAAAUCUGUGCUUACUUACACGGCUUUGUUGAGGCCUCUGUUAUGACUGUUGUGGCCUUGGCACUUCUGUACAACUUGUUAGGUUGGUCUGCUCUUGUGGGUGCCGCGCUAAUAGUGCUGCUACUUCCCAUCAAUUUCAAAAUUACUACGUUGAUUGGUAAAUUACAGAAAGAAACUUUGCUCAUUACAGACAAAAGAAUCCAGAAGUUAAAUGAAACCUUCCAGGCAAUUCGUGUCAUCAAGUUUUUCUCGUGGGAAGAGAAUUUUGAAAAAGACAUUCAAGACGUGAGAGAUCAAGAAUUGAAAGUUUUACUUAAGAGAUCGAUCGUAUGGGCGCUUGGUGGCUUUGUUUGGUUUAUUACCCCUGCCUUAGUGACUUCGGUAACUUUUGCGACGUAUAUUUAUGUCCAAGGUAAGGUUCUAACAACUCCUAUCGCUUUCACAUCUCUGUCUUUGUUCACUCUAUUGAGGAACCCCUUGGAUCAGUUGUCAGACAUGUUGAGUUUCGUUAUUCAGUCAAAGGUUUCUCUUGACAGAGUCCAAGACUUUUUGAAUGAAGAUGAGACAGAGAAAUAUGAACAAAUUACUAUCAAUUCCGAUAAGAUCGGAUUUGAGAACGCAACAUUCUCAUGGGAUAGAAAGAAUCCAGACUUUAAGUUGAAGACUUUGAAUGUCGAAUUUAAGAUAGGUAAGCUUAACGUUGUCAUUGGUCCUACUGGAUCUGGUAAAACAUCCUUACUUAUGGGUUUACUUGGAGAGAUGGACUUAUUGGAUGGUAAAGUGUAUGCACCUUGUCUCGACGCAAGAGAAGAUUUGAUUAUUGAAAGCGAUGGUAUGACUAACUCCAUUGCCUAUUGCUCUCAAGCAGCUUGGCUUCUCAAUGACACGGUGAGGAAUAACAUUCUUUUCAGUAGCCCUUUCAAUGAAGCCAGAUAUAACGCCGUUAUUGAAGCUUGUGGCUUAAAGCGUGAUUUUGAAAUUUUGACAGCUGGUGACCAAACGGAAAUAGGUGAGAAAGGUAUCACAUUGUCUGGUGGCCAAAAGCAGAGAGUAUCUCUGGCGAGGGCUCUUUACUCUUCCUCCAGACAUCUUUUGCUUGAUGACUGUCUCAGCGCUGUCGACUCGCACACCGCUUUGUGGAUAUAUGAAAACUGCAUUAGUGGACCACUGAUGGAAGGAAGAACUUGUAUUUUAGUGUCUCACAAUGUUGCUCUGACCUUAAAGAAUGCCGAAUGGGUUGUUUUCAUGGAGAACGGUAAAAUCAAAGAUCAGGGUCAACCACUUGAGCUAUUUAACAAGGGACUUUUAGGACAGGACGAAUUGGUGAAAGCUAGCAUUCUCUCGAGAGGUGCAUCAUCUACUAGUUUGAACCGUAAAACUGCUAAAAGUGGUAUCGAUUUAAGCAAGUUGAACAAAAAGAUCGAAGAGGAGAGCACCCCGCCCCUAAAGCCUACUCAAACAGAAGAGGACAAGAUCAAACUAGGCAAACUCAUAGAGGAGGAGUCUAAAUCCGAAGGUGUUGUCAGUUCUGAAGUCUACAAAUGGUAUGCUAAAUUGUUUGGCGGGUGGAGAAUGGUCAUUUUUCUGGCAAUAAUCUUUGUUUUAGCACAGAGUGUCUACAUUUCACAAUCUUGGUGGGUUCGUUACUGGGCCGCUCACAACACUUAUGACGCCAUAAGGAAACUCGCCACGAAAGUGUUGCCUCAAAGUACUGUUAACGCCUUUUUACCUUUAAGCGGACAGGAAAUGCAAUUUACUGUGCUUCCCAUUACUUCAGCUGAACAAUCAAUGACUAUACAGAAGACAACGAAGCACUCAACUGUUUACUACCUUCUCAUUUAUUUCUUUAUUGGUGCUGCUCACGCUAUGAUAUCUGCAACCAAAACCAUUAUCAAUUUUAUGGCUGGCUUAAAUGCUUCCAGGAAGAUCUUCAACCUUGUUUUGAAAAAAGUGCUCUAUGCUAGACUGAGGUUUUUUGAUUCUACUCCUAUUGGCAGAAUAAUGAAUAGAUUUUCAAGAGACAUUGAAGCUGUUGAUCAAGAAUUGACCCCAUUCGUGGAAGGAGCUUUUAUUUCCCUUGUCCAGUGCGUAUCAACUGUCCUACUGAUUGCUUACAUUACACCGGGCUUCUUUUUUGUAGCCCUAGUUGUAGGCUUGCUGUACUAUUUUGUCGGCUACUUCUACAUGGUCGGGUCUAGAGAGCUAAAGAGAUACGAAUCUAAUAGUCGUUCGCCCAUCCAUCAACACUUCUCGGAAACCCUUGUAGGCAUUACGACAAUUCGUGCUUUUGGAGAUGAGCGCCGUUUUAUGGAGGCUAACCUACAAAAAAUUGACGAAAACAACAAACCAUUCUUCUACUUAUGGGUUGCUAACCGCUGGUUGGCGUUUAGAAUCGAUAUGAUUGGAGCACUAGUCAUUUUUGCUGCAGGCAUUUUUGUUCUCCUCAAUAUCAAGUCGAUAGAUUCUGGUUUAGCCGGUAUUUCAUUGACAUACGCUAUCUCAUUUACUGAAGGAGCCCUAUGGUUGGUGAGACUGUACUCAACUGCGGAAAUGACGAUGAACUCUGUGGAAAGGUUGAAAGAAUACAUGGACGUCGAGCAAGAACCGCAUUUUCAAGGUACUCACAACCCUCCACCAGAAUGGCCAAGCCAAGGUAAAAUUGAGGUCAAUGACCUCUCUUUACGUUAUGCGCCGAAACUACCAAAGGUUAUCAAGAACGUUUCUUUCACUGUUGAUCCCAAUUGCAAGGUUGGUAUUGUAGGUAGAACUGGUGCAGGAAAAUCAACGAUUAUUACUGCCCUUUUCCGCUUUUUGGAUCCGGAAAGUGGGCACAUAAAAAUAGACAACGUUGACAUUACAACUAUUGAGCUAAAAAGAUUACGUCAAUCAAUUACAAUCAUUCCUCAGGACCCUACUCUGUUUACUGGAACUGUCAAAUCCAAUUUAGAUCCUUACGACGAGUAUACUGAUAAGCAAAUUUUUGAAGCGUUGAAGCGUGUGAAUCUCGUAACGCAAGAAGAAUUAGAUAAUGCAGGAAGCCAAAAUUCUGAAACUUCCUCCACCGUGUCUGAAAACGUGAAUAAGUUCUUGUAUUUGGAUAAUGAAAUCACCGAAGGUGGCGGGAACUUGUCACAAGGUCAAAGACAACUAGUUUGUCUCGCUCGGUCCUUACUCCGCUCUCCAAAAGUGAUGUUAUUGGAUGAAGCUACUGCCUCGAUUGAUUAUAGCUCAGAUGCGAAAAUUCAACAGACCAUAAGGGAGGAAUUCGCGAAUAGCACGAUUUUAACAAUCGCUCACAGACUCCGGUCCAUUAUUGAUUACGAUAAAAUUUUGGUAAUGGACGCAGGGGAAGUCAAAGAAUAUGACCAUCCAUACUCACUCCUGCUGAACAAAAACAGCAUUUUCUACAGCAUGUGCGAAGACAGUGGUGAAUUGGAAUCUCUUGUUCAACUUGCCAAAGAAUCUUUCGUUAAAAAGCUGAACUCUAAAUGA